AUGAACUUGAAGCCAGAUGCACUAGGCCUGCCUGUCCAAGCCAUGAGAACUGAGUCACCAACUGAGAGUCAGGAUAUUACACCUGAUCAAGAGAAAGAUGAUGUAGGAGCAUCUGAGAUUCAAUGUCAUGAGGAUGCUGAUCUUUAAGAACUGGCUCACCCAAAGACUGGGGGCAAGUGCAAAGCUGAUAUCAAGGGUGAGAUUUUACCAAAACUAGAACCUGUUUACAUACCAGAAGCAGGGGAAGGGCAACCACAAGUCUAA